GUGCCGGCAGAUGAAUUUGUUAUGGUUGUGGUGGAUGGAUGGACCGGGUCUUGGUUGUGUCCAGUGGGUCAUGAAGCAGCACGAGCGCAUUGAAUGCACCCCUUUUGCUUGGCCGCCUCAACCUGGUGCUGCAGAAGGGGACUUCACAUUCCUCCAUCAACCAGCCAGACGGCUGAUCCUGAGUCCUCACAUCUGGAGCGCCCACCUCCCCUUCCCCUGACAGCCGUGGUAGUCGCCCACCCUGUCCCGAAUCCGCCCCCGAUUCUGCAAGGGCUCGAAAGUUGUUGCCUGUUCCUGAGGGAUCCGCUACUUGGCCGCACGUUAAAGCCAACAUCAGGCCGAGGGGGCUUGAAAUCCGGCUCGUGGGGCCGGCUCGGCGGUGUCUCUUGCCCGUUCCGUCGACUUCACCCUUGACACUUUACCCCCGGAGCGCGGCUGAAGGGCUCCUACUGGGCCUCAUCAACGCACGCCACGUC